UGGGGAAAAUCGAGGCCGAGAGACUGCUAAAGCGUGGAAAGACAUCGUAUUCGCGAGAUUCGGGAGAAUAUUCAGAACUCACGUCCUGAGAAUCAACAUAGGUGCCUUGACAAAAUCCAGGAAUGCAACGGAGGAGGCAAUGAACGCCAACUCCAAGGAUGACUUGGUCGAGGGACGUAGACGUCACCACAGAAGACGCCACCAGCACCUGAUGCCGAUGAUGAUGAUGGGUCUCCUGAUCAUGGGAUCAGUGCUGAUACCCAUGGGCUUUCAGUUUCUCGCUGUCCUCGGAGGAAAAGCCCUGAUCCUCGCGAAAUUGGCGCUCAUGCUGUCGAGCAUUCAGGGCCUCAAGAAAAUAGCGACUAACGGAGUAAAUUAUGGUCUCUACCACAGCCCCGUGGCAGAGGGCUGGCACGAGAGGAGUCACCACGAGGCUCUCGGUCAUUAUGACAUGCCAUAUCAGGCGUAUCAAAGGCCAUAAUUCCUCGCACCGGGUUUUUUCACCGAAUAAUGAGUAUUACAUUGAGAACUAGUUAUUUUUUGACUGUUUAUUUAUUUAUUCUAUCAUUAAUUUUUUCGCUGCUCAAUAAAAUUAAAUGCCCUCAA